AUGGAGAGUAUCCUCAAUGUGAAGGUGAAGUACUCCUUCACUUUCGGAAUGCUGAUCCGUUCACCGGUGAAGUACUCCUUCACUUUAGGAACGCCGAUCCUUCAGCAGGUGAAGUAUUUCUUCGCUUUCGGAACGGUACUCCUUCACCAGGUGAAAUACUCCUUCACUUUUGGAAUGCUGAUCCUUCAUCGAGUGAAAUAUUCCUUCACAUUCGGAACACCACUCCUUCACCCAGUGAAGUACUCCUUCACGUUCGGAAUGAUGAUCUUUCAUUUGCUGAAAUACUCCUUCACUUUGGGAACUCUGAUCCUUCACCAGGUGAUGUACUCCUUCACUUUCGGAAUGCUGAUCCUUCACCAGGUGAAACACUCCUUCACUUUCAGAAUGCUACUCCUUCUUCUGAUGAAGUACUCCUUCACUUUCGGAACGCUACUCCUGCACCCGGUGAAGUACUCCUUCCCUUUCAGAAUGCUGAUCCGUCAGCAGGUGAAGUAUUUCUUCGCUUUCGGAACGGUACUCCUUCACCAGGUGAAAUACUCCUUCACUUUUGGAACGCUACUCCUUCUUCCAGUGAAGUACUCCUUCACUUUUGGAACGCUACUCCUUCUACAGGUGAAGUAUUUCUUCGCUUUCGGAACGGUACUCCUUCACCAGGUGAAAUACACCUUCACUUUUGGAAUGCUGAUCCUUCAUCGAGUGAAAUAUUCCUUCACAUUCGGAACACCACUCCUUCACCCAGUGAAGUACUCCUUCACGUUCGGAAUGAUGAUCUUUCAUUUGCUGAAAUACUCCUUCACUUUGGGAACUCUGAUCCUUCACCAGGUGAUGUACUCCUUCACUUUCGGAAUGCUGAUCCUUCACCAGAUGAAACACUCCUUCACUUUCAGAAUGCCACUCCUUCUUCUGAUGAAGUACUCCUUCACUUUCGGAACGCUACUCCUGCACCCGGUGAAGUACUCCUUCCCUUUCAGAAUGCUGAUCCGUCAGCAGGUGAAGUUAUCCCUCACUUUCGAAAUGCUGAUCCAUCAGGAAGUGAAGUACUCCUUUACUUUUGGAAUGCUGAUCCUUCAUUGGGUGAAGUACUCCUUCACUCUUGGAACGCUGCCACUUCACCCAGUGAAAUAUUUCUUCACUUUCGGAAUGCUGAUACUUCAUCAGGUGAAAUACUCCUUCACUUUCGGAAUGCUACUCCCUCACAUGGUGAAGCACUCCUUCACUUUCGGAAUGCUGAUCCUUCAUUGGGUGAAAUACUCCUUCACUUUCGGAAUGCUGAUCCUUCACUCGGUGAAGUAUUCCUUCACUAUUGGAGCACUAAUCCUACAUCAGGUGAAGUUCUCCUUCACUUUCGGAAUGCUGAUUCUUCACCAGGUGAAGCACUCCUUCACUUUUGGAAUGCUGAUCCAUCAUCGGGUGAAGUACCCCUUCACUUUCGGAAUGCUGAUCCUUCAUCGGGUGAAAUACUCCGUCACUUUCGGAACGCUACUCCUUCACCAGGAGAAAUACACCUUCCCUUUCGGAAUGCUGAUACUUCAUCAGGUGAAAUACUCCUUCACUUUUGGAAUGCUACUCCUUCACACUGUGAAGUACUCCGUCACUAUCGGAACGCUACUCCUUGUUCUGCUGAAGUACUCCUUCACUUUUGGAAUGCUGAUCCUUCAUUGGAUGAAGUACUCCAUCACUUUUGGAACAUUGAUCUUUCAUUGGGUGAAGUACUCCUUCACUGUCGGAGCACUGAUCCUACACCAGAUGAAGUACUCCUUCACUCUCGGAAUGCUAAUCCUUCACCAGGUGAAGUACUACUUCACUGUCAGAAAGCUACUCCUUCAUUUUCGGAAUGCUGAUCCCUUAAGUGGGUGA